AUGGCGACUGUUAAACUCAAAAUGGAGCAAAAUUUGGAAAAUGAAGCAGCUCGGACUUUCUAUAAGCCAACACAAGCCGACUUUGAAAGGAUAUUGGAGAGAUUGAGGGCGCAAGUAGAUAGAAUUACGUUAAAUAUUUCUCCAACUAUUUUGGACGAAGGAAACGAAACAAAACAGGAAAAGCACGAAAGACUUCGACAAGAAGCUCUCCAAAGGGAUCAAUACAUUUUGUCGAUGAGACCAAAUCGGCAUAUUGUUUUUGCCGCCAAGUUCGCCAAAAUAAAAAACCGUGGUCUUACUAGAAGUUUUGAGAAACGAGUUCACAUUUGGAGUCAAGAAAUGGAACGAAAUUUUCGCCUGGUGAGCUCUGAUGUUAAAGCUUUGGAGAUGGAAUUGAGGCAAACAGAAGGACAGGAAAAAAGGAAAAAUUUUCCUCCAUUACGCAAAUCCGAUUUAGAGGAGAAAUUUGAAAGACAGUGUAGGCCUGUUAAAAACAACGACGUAAGACUACCUAAGCUCGAAAGACACAAAGUAAAAAGGCAUGGGGCAGAGCGUUCAGAUCACGUCAAGAGUAAUAGAAAUUUAAAGGGGACAGGAAGUGAAGAUUUCGACAAAAUUAAGUUGAGUAAUCCUACGAUUAGAUUGCCACCAAUAGAGAACAGUGAAAAGCAGGAGGGAUUUGAUUGAGUAAAUAUAUGCACAGCCAAUGUGUCUCCUGCCAAUUUUGGGCCUGCAGGUUUUUAAACCUUUUUUUAAGCCGAAUUUUAACGUAUCCAACCGAAACAUUUCCUCUCUCGACCUUUUAUAUUGGUUACCUGUUCUUUAUAAAAAGCCUCUAGGUAUGAAAUUGGCAAGAAAUGUUGCAAGUCGUAAAAUGUUGUAAUGUAAAUUCCAUUUUUAUUUUACAACCCUAAUUUUGGUAAAACAACGUAAGUUGGCCUGAUUUUGCACUUCGUAAUUGGUGUUUUAAGUGCAUAUACGUGAGGUUAUAAGUCUGUUGUGUUGGAACAGGAAGUAAUCAAUACAUGAUACAUAUUGGCGACUGGUAAGAGUCUGGUAACGACUUACCCUACGUGUUUAGCCAAGCAAUAACAAUUUUCUUCUUUUAUUUGGAUCGUUAAGAACUCAAAGCAUCAAAAUGUAACGUGCACUAAUAAGAAAAAAAUGUGUUAUCUAAUUUUUAAGGUUGUAUCUUUUUCUUCAGCAAAAAUGCCAUUACUGAAGCACCUCUGCACUUGUAAUAAAAGUGCAAUUUGGCUAAAUUCCCUUAAUAUUUUGCAUUAGUAGUCUAUUCCUUUGGAGGGUUUCUCUUCUAGAUCAAAAAAAGGCACCAAGAACUCCCCAUAAGAUGGGAUAUGAAUGUUAUAUCUGAAGCCCAACUUCAUACAAGGAACUGGUAGAGUUGCUACUCACUGACAAAAAGAGUCUGGUUUUGAGUUAACUUCAAUGUCUUCAGAAUCCAAUAAUGGCUAUGUGUUGAUAUUUUGACUGCCGCCAUGUGCGUACAAACGCGUCGGUAACAGAGUAAAAAUUUUAUUUAAUUUUUCGUUUGAUUUGGAAUCUCUAAACCAUCAACACUGAGAGUUUGGAAAAGCAAGUGGAAAGGAUUUAAGUUUAUUGGUAUUAGUACCCGUCUUUAAACUCUUCCUGUCCGAGCGCAACAUUACCUUCAGCCCUUCAACCAAUCAAAUUUUGCCUCAAGUAACAACAUAAGAAUGCAUAGGCAAACAAGCGUGUACUGCGUUAUUUGUUAUGAUUAAAUUGAUUUGGAACUGACUUAAAAAUGCUUCGAUACUGAUUUGCUUUAGUAAAACGUUCAGAAGCAAUGAUGCAUUCAGGUGAGCAGGUGCUAAAGUGGUACGAACUACGACGUCCUAAGAUUGACUGGGGUGGGGGAUAGUGGUAGGGAGGCUAGGCUUUGACGAAGAACGGUAUAUGAUCUCUUUAAGACUGGUUUGGACUGAAACGUAACUUCCUCUGUGUGUGGUUUCUUUCAAACGAUACAACUGACGGUAUAUGCAGGAAUUGAGAGGGUUCGGAUUAGCCCACGCGCUGGUUGCUGUGUUUCCUGCUGCUUCAUCGUGCUUACGCGAUCUAGCCCUGUAGAAACAGCUGUCUACAGUUGCUCUUUGUCUUUGAGUUUUUCACUCUGUUAUACCGUUGUCGCCUUACUACUCCAUGGUGCUCAGUUUGCGACUAGUGAUUAAUACUUGCGGUCUUUAAAGUUAAACAUGCUUUUGUCACUUGUGUUAAGUUGUAACGGGGACGAUGAGGAUAAACCCUCUAGCCCGCGGCCUAAGAGUGACUAGCAUCUAUUUUCGCCUUUCAGAAUCGCCCUUGAAUUAAACAUUAAGAUAAUGAGAGUAAAGGAAAUGAUCACCGAUUAAAGAAACUCUCGUUAUUAAAAUAGUUCCCCUUACCAGUAUCAAAGGAAAUACAUAGAGAACAGUUUGAAGAUAAACAUGAGAAAUUAGGAUGUAAUAUGGGUUAAGUAGCAACGUGUGGGCGACAACACACACUGAGACAGGCUGGCGAUGGUAUGAGAGCGAUUUCGCAACCCGUUUGUGUAAAAACCAUCUUCAACUUCUGGCCCGAAUGUGACACUCACAGGAUAGGAAAGAUGGAUGGAUCACUUAUAAAAAGGAAAUAUGAUAUAUGUCUGGUAGAAAUUUUUUUUUUCGAAUUUCAAUUAAUUUCUAAUUAAAUUUCUUUCAAAAAAACGUUCUUUGAAUAAUUUAAUCAUAUUUAUCUUUUUAAUGAUGUUAUGUGCAAUUCUAAAUUCCUCGGUUACUUUACACUUAUAGGUACACUUUCCAUAAUAUCAACCGCAAUUCAGCCCUAAUUUUAUCAUCAUAAAUGAAUGAGUAUUGGGUAUUUUAAAUUUAUGUUAAGCUAAUAUAUAAUGCAUCUGCAACCACGGGAAACAGGUGGAGAGAUCUUUUUUCAAGCUCUAAACACAUUAGUCUUCAAUUUGCUGGUGUUUAAUUCACAUGCAUCUUAGAGCCCUUGAAAAAUAAAAGCAACGUCCGCGGAUGUUAUUCAGAGGCGUUUCGUCUAGGCUUUGUGUCGCGGCAGACACCGUUCUAAAUUCAGAAUUUGGUGCCAUACCAACCCCAAACUGAUAUUUCACAAGUAUAUGAAAAUUUUUCCAACUUGAAUCUUAGACUAAAAACAGGAAGGUUCAUAGGUCAAUUUAUUUACUUUUGAAAAACUAAAUUAUCUAUUCAUUUAUUCUGGACACAUGCAGGCUGUAUCGUCAAAUGAAUCUACUAUGUUUGACAUCAAGCUGAUGAAUGGAACUUAUAGUGAGAUGUACAUUAGUAUCUCAUUAAAAUGCCUAAAUAUUCCCAAAUUAGCAAAUUAGUUCGAAAAGCAAAUAAGUUGAUCAACACGAGCAAAUUGUAUAUCAUCCGAUUGCAACAGCUUCCUAUAUCAGUGCAAAUUUUCGAACUAAAAUACUAAAUUUUCAGACCAUUUUCUAAACACGCGAAUGCUUAUUUGAUCGAUAAUUUUACGGAAUGAAACUCAGUUUUUGAAAGGUGGUCGAAUUUUCAAUAAUCGAUGCUUGGAGAGUUUGGCUAAAAGCAGUCUUUGAACAAAGCAAUUAUCAGGGAUUUGCCCCUUUCAAAGCUACCACCACUAAGAUGCUCGAGUAAGCUAAUUUUAAACUUCCCAAGUAUUGACAUUUUAUUUGAACUUAACAACGACGCAAACGGAGUUUAAAUUGCCGCCUCAUGUUUAAUUCAGUUUGUUUUUUUUUUUCGUUCUUUCUGAUGACUUUUCACAAUUUUAAAUCCAGUUUUAAAUCCGAUAUUGUAACACUGCGGAGUAAAAACUGUGUACUAUUUCUCUUUUGCGGAAAAUUUGAUAAAGGAAUUACAACUUCCUCAAAAACCUGAAAGGGAUAGCGCACGUCAGAAUGUCAUGAGCUAAUUUUAUUUCAUAAUUUUAAGUUUAUUCAAUAUCCAUCAGCCACAUUAGAAUACACAAAUGCAGUUUCAUCUUUCACUAAGAUGCACACUUCGAAAGAAAGGUACCGAUCAUUGGAAAACUUUCUACUCAUACUGUUUAGAUUAAAUAUGAGUUUACGCACACAGAAACUUCCGAAGUUAUAUUUAGAAUAAAUAUGGAAACCUCUUGGAUAUGCACGGCAGGAGACUAGCACUUUUUACCUCAUUGAAAAGAAUUUGAUUAAAAAAAAAAAGAGGCUUAACAUCUUUCGUGCGGCUGACGUGGCUACCAUGACAUUUUAAAUAGGAUCCUUUAAGCGUGUAAAUUACCCACAAAUGUGGGAACUAAUGCAUAAUGGCUUCCACUAAGUUUAGAAACAGAAAAAAAAGCAAAUUGACCGACCUGGAAAGGAAGUAGCGAUGAAUUGGAAUCGAGAAAAUGUUUCAGUAAGGCACAAAAUUACUAGAAUUACAUGGCAAAUUUUUACUACUGAUGUAGUUUAGUUAUUGUCAUAUUUACCAAUAGUUGAAUCAAGUAUGUCACCCUUAACCAUCUGUCCUCACUAGUUAAUUUAGCACUUCCUUAACUUCCUUAAAUCGACAAGGAAAACUUUCAGCUUUUAAAAAAGCUAAAUUUAAGCUAUGAAAGGCCAAGAUAUCAUCAUCUGUGAUAUGUAGAUCACGCUUUCGCAAUCCUAAGUAACCCUGAAGAGUUGCUCUCUGAAAAACUUCUCCAGAAAGUGAGAACAAAAGCUCUUAAGAACCACCUGGUUUUACUCCAAACAAAUAUUAAAAGGAGCUGAACGCAACUGAACGCCAGUGUCUUUCGGCCGACGGAAAAGACAACUGUGAGGAAACGUAAUAUCGAAAUGCUUCGCUUCUUAGCUCACGUAAGUAUCAGCUAUUUGCCCUCUACUUGUUAAUUUUACUUUCGGUUGGUUUUUCGGUCGUCAUUUUAUGCGGAAAUCGUUCAAUGUCAGGGGCACUUAUACGAAGGCGAAAAAAAAGAAACUUUUUCGUUACACAGUUUUUAGGGGCUUCGCAACAAUUUCAGUGAACAAAAAACGAAUCCCUCUUAUUCUUGUUGUUAUAACAAGUUUAGAUUUUAUUACAGUAAUUUCCUUAGUUACGAGGUAGACCGCCAAAUUCUAUGGCUUUGUUAAUUUGGAUGAAUUCAAGAAAUUUUUUUUAAGCUUUCUGAAGGUAGUCAAACUGACAACGUUUAAAGAUAAAGAUGGACCAGUCUUUUCGCUACACAUAUUUCAUGUUAAUUAAUGCCAAUUUUUAGACUGUUAGGCACUAAAAAUGCUAGGCUAAAUCUAUGGACGAAAUUCGUUUUACACGUUGCCAAAAAGCCUAAUCAUAAAUGUCCUGGAACUAUUGUUGACUUCUGUGCAUAUUUUCGGCUGAAAACAAAUUGCAACAACAAUCAAACUUAUGCAAUAAAUUUUCCUUCACAAUUUUUAAUUCUUAUAAGCGCAUGCUCACUAAAGCACACUUACCUUCACCAACGACAGGUGGUUCUGAUUUCCUUUGUUCUUCAAGUUACCAUGGCAAUGGGAGAUAUAAGUAACGACGAGUUACUGUUGACCGGUGUGCCUGCUGACGCCUUAGGUGACGAGCAAGUGGACGAGGAUCUUCCCAGCGAGGGAACGGGAAAUAAAGAGCCAGAGAUUUCAAAGUAUAUUCAACUUAGCGAGUUGUUUAAAAGACGUCGGUCUUGUGUCAACUCUAUGCGACAGAAGGUUGUAUGCAACGAGUUAAAACUUGUGUUCGAUUGCUUCUCAUCCGGUCAGGCAGCUUGUCACGAAAAUCAAGCCCGGUUUUGUGUUCCAGAGAUGAGGACUACACAAUGUGGAGAGAUAAUCACUGUCGGUUGUAAAUGUGGGAAAAAAAAAAUUUUGAAAUAA